UAAAAAUACAAAUAACCUAAUUUAAGUAAAAGUCAACAGAGUAUAGUCAGUGCAUUUAAAUAUUUAAAUAAAUAAAAAGUAGGUAUGGCUGAAUUGCUGCUGGACCCGAAUAUUCGUGGGUGGGUCUUUUUGCCAAUUGUUGUGAUAACAUUUCUCGUUGGCAUAGUAAGACAUUAUGUGUCUAUUUUACUUGCAUCACAGAAAAAAGUUGAAAUUCAUCAGGUUCAAGAUAGUCAAGUUAUGAUCAGAUCAAGAUUAUUACGUGAGAACGGUCAAUACAUUCCAAAGUCUGCAUUUUUAAUUCGUAGGCAUUUUUUUAAUAAUGAAGAAACUGGAUAUUUUAAAACACAAAAACGUGCACCAGUGUCACAAAACCCAAUGACUGAUCCAAGUAUGAUGACUGACAUGUUGAAGGGUAACGUUACAAAUGUACUGCCUAUGGUACUUAUUGGUGGUUGGAUCAACUGGAUGUUCUCUGGAUUCGUUACCACAAAAGUGCCAUUCCCAUUGACGUUAAGAUUCAAACCCAUGCUCCAACGAGGAAUAGAACUUGUCACUCUAGAUGCUGCCUGGGUGUCAUCAGCCUCCUGGUACUUUCUCAAUGUCUUUGGACUCCGUUCAAUCUACACUUUAGUGCUGGGAGAAAAUAACGCAGCGGACUCGUCAAAAGUUCUGCAAGAUCAAGUCUCAGGAGCUGCGAUGUCGAUGCCACCGGAUCCAAAAGCGGCAUUCAAGUCUGAAUGGGAAGCCUUAGAAAUUUGCGAACACAAUUGGGCGUUGAAUGGCGUCGACAUGGAGCUGACUGGCAGCCAGACCAAAGGAGACACCACCGAUAAUAUUUACCACCAAAGUAGAAAUCAUUGAUAGACUAAUUAUACAUAUAUUUAUUUAAUUAAUAAAUUUAACAAUCAUGUAAUUAAUAACAAUUUAUUUGAUAUCUAUUGAUGGAUACAAAUCAGUGCGUC